UUUGGUGUCCUUUGGCGCCAAAAAAAAUUUCCUUGGUUCCUGCGGAGACAUGAGAGAAGGUUCUUCCAUGGCUACCCAAGCUCUUCGUCCUCCUCACUUCUCCGAGGAUGUAGCUUGGCUUCCAUGCUGGCUUCAGAGUCUUGGAACAAAUGGGUCUAUUGAAUUUGUUAAGGAGUCUCAAGCCCCUUCCAACCAUGAAGCACAGGAUCUAGGACCUUAUCAAGAAAAUGGUAAUGAUGGCAAAGACUUCAAUGCUAUAUCAAGUGAAGAAGGUAGAUAUAAAAGUUGUCAUUUAUUCUUAUCUGGAGAUAGUGGUUCACCUGUGAGUGUUGCUCCAUCUCCUGAAAAUGUGUUUCACUUUAGUCUACAUCUUUCUUCAGAUGUUGAUUCACUCUUUUGCCCAAUCCAAGAUUUGAGUGAAUCUCAUGAUGUAGUUAUACCAAGUAAAGUUUUGUCAUUGCAACCUGUUCAACCGUCUAUCGAUUUUAGAGAAAACAAGCAUUCCAUGAUGGAUCCUCUUUCCUGUGAACCAGAUGUAUCGGUUGCUUUCAUCCCUGAAACUGUGAAAAAGGAUGCUUCAAAAUCUCUCAUUGAUACAAUUGAUUCUAUUGGACAACAGAAAGAAGGAUCUGAGGUUAAAUGUUCUGAAGAUGCUGAUGUCAGUAAUGCAGUUGAACUCUCUAUUGCUGCAUCUGAGGCAUUGGUCAUAAAUGAUCUAGUGAAGAUGGACUCAGUUUCAGAAACAAUGCAUACAGAAGCUGUACUUGAAGUUGCACUUCGUGUGAAGCAGGCACGGCUCAAGGGGUUAGAGGAUGACUUCCAAUUCUCUAAUGAGGAAUCUGACUAUAGUGAUUCUCUUUCUGAUUUGAAUGAUAUCAUUAUGGAAGAUGCGUAUGAAGAUAUAGGCUUAUCUAUUGGUGUUCCUAUUGAAAAUAAUCUUUGCAAUUCAACUAUAUUUCAAGCAAAAGGUGUGUCCAAUGUUGAAAAGGGUAGUGGAUGCAAUAAUAAACAAAGUGAUGAUGAGCUUACAUAUCAGCUUGCCAUUUUUGAUGAUAAAUCUAAACAAAAGCAGUUAGAGGUUAAUGUGGAGAGGGAGAUGCAGCAAAAUACAGACUCACCUCGUCAUUCUUUACAUUGUGAGAAGGAGAUGCAUUCUGAUGAUCCUGGUUUGGGUGAAAACACUCUCAAUCCCUUUGAUAAUAGUCUUCCUAUAUCUCAUCAAUGCAUAGAGAAUAGUACAGAUGUUUUGGCCCGCAACCAGACAGUUGGGUUGACUAUGAUUGAUUUGAAUUCAAUCAGACCUCCAAACAGUGUCAACUCGUCACUUGAUGAGAAUUCUGGAAAUUUCAAGGAGAAUUGGGCAACUUACCCAGCUCAAAAAAGAUUUAGAAGCCGCUGGUUAGGGGGCUGGACAUGUAAGGAAUUAAAUUCACCCUCAUUGAAUCGGAAUGAUGCAAAAUGUAUUCCAAAGUUUUUUGUCAGAGAGACAAGCUUUCUUACAGAAUCUGUAGAUAUUGUUCAAGAUGAGAAUUCUUGUGUGCUGAAACAUGACCCCAACUGUGCCAUUGGUUCGCAGCUAAGUAUGCCUUCUGAAGACUCACACGACAAACCUGAUGAGAGCAUGUUGCAGUCUCAAGAUGUGAUCAGAUGUUCUAGUCUAUUGUCGACUGAUCCUCUUUGUUCAUUUGUUCCGUGUAGCCUUUCUUUAGAGCAUGUCAAUAACAAUACUUUUAUUGACAAAAAAAAUGAUACUGAGGAUUUUGUGCCAUCCAGCUCUGAAUUUAAGGUGGACAAUUUUCAAUUAAACUUGGAUAAUAAUGUUAAAUUUAGCUGUAGUGAUGAAAAAAUUAUGUCUCUACUAGAUGGGAUUCAGGGGAAUGAUAUUCGAAUCACCGAAACAAAGAUGGUUGAACAAAUCACUGGGAAUUUAAAAAGGGCUGAACAUGCUUGUCUCAAGAAUUAUAGCAUGAUUGUUCAAAACCAAGAUCUCAGCCUAAACUAUAAUUUGACAGAACUUCCGACUGAUCAGAGUAUGGGUAGUGCUGCCUCUUUUGGCACAAAGAUUUCUGAGAGCCUAUUGGCAUCCAAGCAUGCAGAUGGAAACAAAACUGAAAAAAAUAAUCAGCAUUUGGUUGAUCACAAGUCAAUUAUUGAAAUAACAGAUGACAAGAGUGGUGAUGAAUUAAAAGCAGCAGAUGCAAGUAAUAUUUCAGCAGAAUCAUUAUCUGACAGGAGAUCGCCUCUUAUUCUAAACCAUAGGAUACGCCGGUGCUUGCCGGGCCCUGUGAAUGUUGCAAAUGAUAUCAGUGUAGAGAAAAAUAUGAAGGAGCAUAUAGUACCAGAAACUGUUGAUCAAAAUCAACAGAACAAGAAUCCUAAUAAAAUGCUGGUUGAGUGCAAUAAAUUCCACAGUGGACGUGUUAGAGUCAGAAAGCAAGUACGUUUCUCAGAAAAAGUGGAGGAACCUCAUCCGAAAAGGAAGUUAUCAAAGUUGGAAUCCUCACAUAAAAGAAGUUCAUCUGUUAGAGCAAAAAGGCGACGAGUUUCAAAGUCAUUGACCACUUCUGUUCCGCGAAUGAAACAUUCUUCGACAAAUUAUUGCAGAAGUGUGGUAAAUGACUUUAUGUUUCUAGGUAUAGAGUUCCUUCUCACUGGAUUAUCCAGUCAGAAAGAAAGGGACAUGGAAGCACUUAUAAGGAAUUCUGGUGGGGUGGUUCUUUAUGAUAUUCCCUCUUGCCGAGACCCAGGGGGCAAGAGAAGUUCAACCUCAUCUCACUUUCCCAUUAUUCUAUGUAUGAGAAAGCUGCAAACCACCAAAUUCUUGUAUGGUUGUGCUGUUGGUGCCUCGAUAUUAAAAGUGGAUUGGCUAACUGAUUGUCUUGCAUCCGGAACCAUUUUGCAACCUGAAAAAUACAUGAUUUUUCCAAAUCGACAUGACAUGAAGUGGACGAGGAUUGGGACGGCUAUUCAUCAAAGAAUCCAAAACCUUAUUUUUGAAAGAGUUGGAAUUCUGCUUCAUGGGAAGCCUAGUUUCUGUACCAAAUUGGCAUGUAUCAUCAAGCAUGGAGGUGGACAAGUGUUCAAAACUCUUCAAUGGUUGGGACGGAGUAGUGAUGAGAAAAGUACUUUGGUUGGGGCUAUUGUAGUUGAAGACAAGGCUACAACAUCACGCCACCUGAAGCACUGCGCCAAGGAGCAGAAUAUUCCUAUGAUGCCUUCUAGUUGGAUCAUUAAGAGCUUAUAUUCUGGAAAGUUACUUCCUUUCACGGAAGAAAAAAAUACACUUCCUUUGCCAUUUAUCAAAGUCUCGGACGUCCCAAAUUCUUCGGAUAUGAGUGAAGAAAUAUAAACUAUCAUUUCAGCAGAUUUAUUAACCCAGAUUAUCAAUGAUGGCUUGGAGAGCGAUUGGAACAUUCUUUAUACAUCUCAAAUUUUGAAUUUUUUUUAAAUAAACAUCAAUAAUAUUAAAAAAAAAAUUGUGGGAGAAGCACACCGUUAAACAAGUGUUGUUGAAAAAGAAACUUGAAAAGAAAAAAAGAAACGUGGUCGUGGUCCCAAUUAGCACGGUCAAGCAUGCUUUUUGACCUUUUGAGUUCUUGAUAUAUAACACGACAAUAUGCUUAUACACAAGGGAUAUAUUUUCUAGGAAUUAUAAUAUUAAAAAAUUUUA